UUCUAAUUUUUUGAAUUGAAACUUGAUUAAAAUUGAAUUAGGUAAACUUGUCUACUGUUAGGAUUUAAAAAAAAUUUUACAAAAAUAAUUAUAUGAGUCACGAAAGCUUACACCCCCGCCUCAGCUCAUUCUAGGAGUAUGUCAAUUUUUAAGUUAGAAAUUCUACGGGAAUCAAAAACGGGUAAAAUUCCUCAGGUGUUGAAUAACACAAACAAGACACAUCGCAUCAUAAAUCAAAAAAUGGGAAUCUUGACGUGAGUAUGUACUAUGUACCAUAUUUCAAUAUUAACUGUAAGUAAUUUUAAUAUCCGUCGUACAAAUCAGGGCUGAAUUUUAGGGAGGUGUGGGACCCUGACCCUUGUGCAUUUUAAUGUACAGACCUAACAGUGUACUUAAAGGUUUAUAAAAAAAGGCUGAUGAAGCAAUGUAUGACAGUGUAUGUUACGAUUAUAAUUAUUUGAAGUACAGUUACUCAUUUUAUUUAAUUUAGUAUUGCAAACUAUAGAGUACGGUAAACUGUCAACAAUUAUUUAUUCUUCACGUACAGCUGGUAAUGUCACGUGCAUUCACACGUUCGUUGUCGAUCGAUGAGUUCCAAGUAACGACAUCUACCUUUAGCCCAUAGGUAUAUAUUUUCUUACACUCAUCCACCAACUUACUUUCUUUAAAAAUAAUAAAAAUAAUAUAAAAUUAAAAUUUAAUAAAAUUCAAUGCUCAAUAUGAAAAUUUUUAGGUAGUUUAUUUUCGUUUUUAUGAAAACCAAAGCCAGAAAUCGACUUAAUGUUCAAUACACGAAACGUAUUAUUAUAAAAUCACGAUAAGCAAAAUCUUAUCGUGGAUCUGUGACGUCCUAUCGUAUCGGCCACAUGUACAAUUACUUAUAAAUAUAACAUAUUAUUUAGUAGCAUACCUAAGGUACCUAUAUAAUAUAUGUGCACGCGAGAGACUGAAGUGUGCGUACAUAAUGUGUCGUCGAGGAGGUACCUGUGUAUUCCUUUGUCUCGGUACGGUCGGCGGUCCUGUGACUGUAACAAAUCGAAUUUAGUCGGUUUUGAGGAUCACACGCGGUUAUCGGGCGAGGGGGAAGGAGGAGGAGCAGGAGGAGACCGCGAAAAGAAGUUCUUUAGGUUUUUUCCCCCCGUCAUCUUCGCGUUUAUCUUCGCACCUUGUUCGUACACCACAUAUGUAUUGAACCCGCCGCCGCCACGCCAAGUCGCUAGACGAAUAAUAUAAUAGCAAUAUAUUAUUACAUUAUGUGAAAAACACUGAAACGACGAAAAAAAUACAUAUAAUAUUGUUAUGCAGAUAUUAUACCGUGCGGCGUGCGCUCGUAAACUGCGGUAACGAUUAAUAAAUCGACACGUAUGAAGGUCAUAUGAGGUUAUAUUAUAAACGAACGCGUGUGUGCCCGAGUUUAUAUAAAAUCCCAUGGUACGUAAGAAAUUUAAAUACAUCGAUUUGAGACGUCAACCGUCGUCGUCGUCAUCGAUUCGUAUCAGCGAGUGUGAUAAUUGCAGUUGAAAUUUUAUCAUCGACAUUCAUCCCAAAGUGCUACCCGCCGGACGAGAAACCCGACAGAGGAGGACGCAAAAGCGUUAUGAACCGUUCGUUGCUGACCGCGGUCUGCCUGUGGCUGUGCAGCGGAAGGUGUGGCGGGGCUCCCGCGGCGGGUCUGCUUCCAACUCACCGGCGGCCGGCCGUCGAAUCGCACCCGAUGUCGUUGGUGGCCACGCUGCACCCUGCCAGAAGUCGCGGGUUCGCUUCGCAGCAGCAGAAGAAGUCGGCAGCGGCGGGGACUACGGUGUCCGUGGCUCCGGAAGAUAGUGUGCAGCCGGCGGAUCAAGACGUUGCGGACACGGUCGGAUUCAACUUCGGCCUCGGGUUCGGGCUGGACACGCCGCUCAUCGAUUCGCUGCUUGAACGGCUGAUCAGACGUAAACAGCUCCUGAUGGCAGCGGCUGCGGCCGCUUACCCGGGCGCCGGUGGUUGGGGCGUGGGCGCCGGCGGCGGUGGAGGUUACUUUCCGGGACCAGCGGUCGUAUUCCCGUUAGGCGGGGGCGGUGGUGGCGUGGGCGGAGGUGGUGGAGGCGGCAUUCUCCCGUGGAACAGGCCCGCUGCAUAUCCGUUCCCGUUCGUACCGUCCCUGAAUCCGUUCAGUGGUGGAGGCGGUGGCAGUGGAGUUGGCGGCGGUGGUUGGGGAGGUUUCGGCGGUGGUGGAAUCGGUGGCAGCGGUUGGGGCGGUGGUUGGGGCGGUUUCAAUCCACUGUUCGAUUUCGAUGAUUUCGGGUGGAAGAACAACAACGCACAACAAUAAGCCCUCUCAAAUAUUACAUAAAUAUUAUGAUCAUUGUAAUUAUAAAUUAAUUUAUAUAAAAACAAAUCUGUUUAAUAUUAAGAAAAUAUAAUAUUACGUUUAUAAUAAUUAAAUAGGCAUAGAAAAGGAAUUUUUGUCUGAAAAUUAAUUGUGUAACGUAAUUCACAGUUAGUGUCUAUAUGUAACUCACUACAGGCAAUCAAGACAUUUUUUUUUUAAAUUAUAAUUUAUAUUUGUGUUAACUAUUAAUGUAAUCACUUAGUACACUAUACAAUUAACUAACAGUAUAAUAUAUAAAUAAUUAUAA